AUGGAAACGACGGAUGAAGAGCUGCAAGUGGAGGAAGUGGAAGAGGCGGAAGAGCCGAUCCCGUACUUGCCGAGGACUUCCUCCAUCGCCUUCAACUACCUGCACCUAGAUCCAGAGAAAGUAUUAUCAGCUUUUGGAAAGUACGGCCGGUUCCAGGCAAGUCUAUUUUUAUUUCAUUACUUGAAUUAUCUCAAAAUUUUUACAAAAUAAUCAAAUUUUUCUAAAAAAAUAGUUUUUGAUUUUUUUCUAAAGAUAACUGGCGAGUCUGGCGCGAAAAAAAUUUGGGGCCCGCGCUAAAUAGAGCGACAUGUUUGCGAGUUUGUUAAUGUACCGGCAGCGAUCACGCUUUUAUCUCGGGGGUUAUUUUUAGUUUGAAAAUGAACAGUAAAAUGAGAAAGAGUGCUAGGACAAGAGCGCGUUUCCAUUUCCGCAUUUUUCAUGUUUUGCCUUCUAAUUUGUUUUUUUCCAAUAGAUUAGAAUGGAUAGUUGAGGCCUUUUAACCGCUUUCUUUUGUUAUAUAUAAUUUCGAUGAAGUUCAAAAUCAAAAUAAAAAAAAACCGCGGGAACGGAAAACGCGCUCUUUUUUUUUCAGAAAAGCUAGAAGUAGCUUUUAAAAGUUAUGAACCAGUUUUCCUUUGAAAGAAGUUACUUGAUCAAAAAGUUUUUCCCCUAAAAGCCGACUACUCUCCGGCUAUCUUUCAAGAGUUCAAUUUUUCUAAUAAAAAAAGUAGAAAUGAUUUGAUUUCAAAAGAUAAUCAGAUGCUCACCUACCUUCUGACGUCCGGCGUCCAUAUGCUCAUGGCCUUGAACAUGCUCGUCAUGCCGUUCAUCACCAAACAGCCCACGUUCGGCUGCGAUUUUGAGCCUCAACCACACUGGGUUUCUCUCCCGUCUUUCUAUUUCUCAAUUUUGACAGAAAAUUGCUAGAAAGCUUCAAAAAUACAAACUUUUUUCAGGAAUACGCAGAAAUAGACGGAUGUCAUGUUCGUGACGGCAACAAUUGGACCGUCAACUGUCUUCAGAUUCCUGGGGCUAAGUCAGACAUUUUCUUCAUUCAAACUUUCCUUUUUUCCACUCUGGAGUAUACGGUUGCUUCGAGCACAUAUUAGCGCACUUCAUGACAAUUUACAAAGAUCCGAAAAUUUCAAAACCUUGGACCAAAAUAUGGCUUCGACAGGUACAACUACACGGACGCAAGUUCGUCUUUGGCAGCUGAGUACAACUUGGUUUGUGAGGAAUCUGGCGCCGUCGACCACGCCACUUCCAUUUUCCUAUUCGGUCUGUAACAAGAAAAAAAAAAUGAGAGGUUCGACUGAAAAGCUGAGAAAAGGUAGCCGCAAUAAAAUAAAUUGCAUUUUUGAAUUGUAAGGGGGUUUUCUAUUGAACAAAAAUAUCAUUUAAAGUGAGCAAAACCUAGAUUUUUGUGGUUUUCGAUAAUUGACUUUUAUGAUACUUAAUUGUAGAAGAUGUACAUUUUUCAGGCGGAAUGUUGGUGUCCCCGAUCAUCACUCAGCUCUCGGACCUUUUCGGCCGUCGCUGGACCUUUCUUCUGCCUCUCUACAUGGCCGUUUUGGCCAACCUUGUAUGCGCCGCUGCACCCAACUACACUACUUUUUUGAUUUUCCGAUUUAUCUCUGGAGUUACUACUACGGUAAGUUGUCAUUUUUCAACAUUGAUUUAAAAUUUCGUAUUCUUAAAUGACUUAAUCAUCAAAGAAGAUAAUUUUUAAGUCUUGAAUCACAGUAAAAAAAAAAUGUAAAACUCAAAAACUUAAAUAAAAAUUAGUUAAUACUACUCUAAAAAUCUUCAUUUGAUUUUUUAAGAAGCUGUUAAAACAUCAUGAAAAAAAAAAUACUUUUUUUGACACGAUUUCGAAUAUUUCUGAUUUCAUGUGUUGUUCGCGCUGAAGCUUGCUUCAUAGAUCAAGAUAUUGCUGUUGAAACUUCAAGCGGAUCUCUGUAUUCCAAGUUUCCAGAGUUUCUCUACAAUAGGAUGGGUAUUAUGCAUGGAAUCUGUAGCCCUGGAGUUCCGCUCCUUGAUCCCUUUGGUAACAACAGCAGCUUGGGUUUUUGGGUAUCUUUCAACGUUUCUAUGUUCGAUUUUUCGAAACUCUUGAGAUAUAUUCUCGCUGGAGCGCUUCAUUUGGUUAUUGAAGACUGGCGGCUUCUCUACUUGGCCGUGACCUUGCCAGGGAUUCUCACAAUUCCCUAUUAUUGGUAUACUGUAGAGUUUGAAAGUAAAAUGAAUUUAUUUCAGGCUAGUUCCAGAAUCGCUCCACUGGCUGAUCACGAAACGGAAGAAAAAAAUGGUGAAAAAGUAAGAAAACUUAUUUUGAAAAGCAUAAACGAUUUCUUGAGGUACAUUCGGACAUGUUCCAAGUACAACAAGAGGGAAAUCGCUUUGCACGAAUGCCGAACGGCGGUCGAAGAGGCUGUGCUUCUGAAAGAAAGGACAGCUAUCGACAUUUUCACUCAUCCAGACCUUUUCGGCUACUUCCUUAUCAAUUCUUAUAUUUUGUGAGCUCAAUUUCUUCGUACUCAAUAGGUCUUGAAGAUCUGUUAAAUAAGCACUUCCAAGGAGCCAAAGUGUUCUUCAUGACUCAAAACAGUUUUUUGCCGAUUCUUUUUAUGCAGUCCUUCAGAAUCGUGAUGAACGGAACCUAUUGGGCGUUGUCUCUUUUCUCAACGGAACUUAGCGACGACGGCAUCACCGGUUACUUUCUUUCCGGGAUCGUUGAGCUGCCGGCAGGACUGCUGUCAGUAGGUCUUCUCGUCUUUUUGGGUCGGAAAACAGUCUCGUUCCUCUCUCUGGCCCUGCAAUCCGUCUUCAUGUGUUGCGCCUUGUAUAUACCAGGUUAAAAAUUAUUUGUGUCAAUGAAAAAUUUUGAAACAGUGAAUACCAACAUGCGGAUGAUAUUUCCGUUGCUCACUAAAAGCACCAACGCCAUCGUCUGGUCUUCCCAAUUGCUUCUUUAUACUGAGGUUAUGAAAUAUAUAAAACCAUACGUAUUUUUGAUUAUUUUUUUCAGAUAGACAGAAAAAAAUGCAAUAAUGCAAAAACAAAAAAAACACCUAGAAUAUUUUUUUAGAGAAUAUAUAUACAUGAACUCCGCUGAAUAUGAGCCCUGAUCUGAGCUUCCAAAAUGCUCUGAAAAGUUUCGUGGAGGAUUCAUUAAAAAAAAUUUUUUUACUAUCCCUUAUUUUUUUCUUUCUAACCAGGUAAGAAUGUGGUGCUUUCUCAUUCAGAAACUCUAACUGUUUAGAAUUAGAAGUUGGUUUUCAUUACAGACUCCUAAAUAAUAGGUAAAGAUAACAAAUCAACUAAAAACUGAAUCAAAUCUAGGCGACACCGACCUCCGUUCGCAACGUAUUCUGUGGAAUGGUUUAUUUCGUUGGAGAAAUCGGAAGUGUGGCAGCGCCGUAUUUAAAACGAUUGGUACUUUCUUUGAAAUUACAACUGACACUUUUGGUUCCCAGGAAGCGAUCGACAAAAAUGCUCCAGCGCUUCUGAUUGCUAUGAUGUCUUUGUUAGCUGCUUUACUAGUCUUGCUGGUUCCUGAUACGAAAGGAAUUGUUAUUAAUGUUCUCACCCCGCAAAAUUAAAAAUUUUAUCUCAGAGAAUGCCUGAAGACAUCGAUGACUUCAAUGGAGGACCUUUAUUGAGGCUGCUGAGAAGGAAAAAACCCCGAAAUGGUACUCAAAUCGAGGUUUAUUUUUUCAGGAAUUCUAUUGUCUCAUGGUUUUCUGAGAAGUAAAUAGAAAUCGGUCAUUUCAGCUAGAAAUGGUCUUGCCGCAAGCUACGGUCGAUCAAACAGCUGCUGAAGAACUCAAAUGA